GAAGAAGAAAACGGCUCGAGCGGUUGGUGCUGAUGACCUUUGUGGUCCUUCACAAUGAUGCUACACAGGCAACUGAUGAUCCUUGUCUUUCUGGAAACCACAAAAACCUGACAGACGUUCGUCGCAGUGUCUCCUAUCAGACGGCCUACCCAGAAUCUCCUCUGUGUGACUAUGAUCUCAUCGCGGCUGGUACCGCUUUAUGGUCGACGCUGACAGUAAAAUGCCAGAAACAUGUCCUAAAGCUUCAUAUUGUGGAACAACUGUUCCAAUAUGGAUGAGAGGUACUCACCCCUCCACUAAUGACGGAAUCCAAACCAGGCAAGCAUGUGCCAAUUUCCAAAAUGGGGGCGCUUCCUACAUCGAGUGUUGUGGGCAGACAAUGGACAUCAGGGUCAAGAACUGUGGCAAAUUUUUCGUCUAUUAUCUGUACUCCGUACCAGCCUGCCCCAUGGCGUACUGUGCAGGGAAGGACGCACCAUGUCCCGCUGGGACGUGGUCUCCCACAGGUUUUCCACCUGGCUGUAAAGAGUUCUAUCCACAGCUGACUGACCCUCCGAGAUUACGAGGACCUGUGAUAGAGCGAAACACCUUCUACUUCACCUGUGACCUGAACUUUAGCGGCAACGACCUGGAUCAAGCCUUUGAGUUCGUCUGGCUGUUUAAUGGCCUGGAGGACCCUAAAGUGACGCCAGAAGUCGUCAGUGAGCCAGGGCGAUCUGCGAGACUGGAUGGGGCUAAACUGGCGGGUCUCCUCAACAAGAACAUUGGCUGCAAGGUGCGCGGGUUUUUCAAGCGAACCACCAUAAAAGCAGGAUUUUGGCUGGAGAGUCCGAGAACCUACUGGGCCGGAAUUCAAACAGAACCAUCAUCGAUUACUACAAUGACUAACGAGGACAGAAAAAACGUCAUGGUUAAGUCAACAGUUCCUGUCCUGUGCGACUCAAGAUUUGGCGCAGAUGAAUUUUGUUGUCUUCGAAUUUCUAUUUCAGAAGGUGGUCCUGAUACAGCCCCAUACCCAAUAGUAUGGAGUUGCAGGUACUUAAUAUGCAUGUCAGCCUGGAACACUACACUUCAGGAAGUAUCAGUCACAUUCCCAGUCAUAGUCCCCAAGACCGCGAUGCAAGAUGGCAACAAGGACUUGCUGGUCUCCUUCGCGAGUCUUCGUGUCGCAGAACCUUCGCCAUAUCAACAAAUAUUCCAAGGUCUUAAGAUCCCGUCGGUACACGUAAGAACUGAAACAAGGAAUUCAAAGCUGUGCAGCAUCUCAGAACAGCACAUUACAGGACUGGAAGACAAAAGAUUAUUCAGUUUUUAUAAACCUGGUGACUAUACAGCUUAUGAAAAUAUCGGGAGACAUUUUGAGGUUCAGAUUCAGACGUGGCCUUGCUACAGAGAGCGUGCUGACAGGGCGGUAACCUGUGUCUGUGGAGUUGCGGUUCGUGAGAAGGACGAUCUGAUCAGGAUCAAUGGCUGCAAUCAUUUCUUCUACGGCCCAAGCGUUGGAUCACCAGAAAUCACCGUGCCCAGGCGUUUGAGAGAAGGCACGAGAAUUACGCAAGCUAGGGAUGGAUCUCAAAUCUCGCUAUAUUUUCCUUCUAGCUCCCAGAUUACCAUCAACACAUCAAGCGGCCAUCUUAGUCUAAAUAUAUCUGUUCCUGGCACAGACUACAUGGAUGGCAGAGGUUUAUGCGGAACGUUUGACAACAACCCAACCAACGAACUGACCCAUCGGUCUGGUUUCGUGGACAAGAUGCCUAGCGAUGGGGUUCCGGAAAGUUUCACGGAAUCCUGGAAGAACGAUGACAGGUCAAGCCUUUUCCAGAGUUUGCCUCAGUCUCUAGGAGAUUCAUACGCUCCUGACUAUUGUUGGUGCAGUGAGGAUGACUUCACUGUGAAUUGUAACUACCGAAGGACUGAUGGAGAUUAUUACACGAUUCUGAGAGGGUUUAGUGGGACUUCAUGGGACAUCCCGCUCUCUGGAACUGACACCUACCCACAGCUGACUGACCCUCCAAGCCUUCGUGGACCUGUGAUAGAGCGAAACACCUUCUACUUCACCUGUGACCUGACCUUUAGCGGCAACGACACGGAUCAAGUCUUUGAGUUCGUCUGGCUGUUUAAUGGCCUGGAGGACCCUAAAGUGCCGCCAGAAAUUGUUCCGUUCACCGUCAGGUCUGCUAGACUGGAGGGCGCCAAACUGACAGGCCUCCUAAAUAAAAACAUUGGUUGCAAGGUGCGUGGAUUCUUCAAUCGAACUGCUGACAUAAGAGGACCGUGGCUGCAGAGCACGACAACCUAUUGGGCUGGAAUUCGAGCAGAACCUUCAUCCAUUACUAUACGCGCCGAAGAAGACAGAAAAGACUUGACGAUCAAGUCUACUCUUCCUAUCGUAUGCGACUCUCCAUCAACACCAGAUUAUUUGUGCUGUCUUUUGAUUGAUAUUUCAGUUGAUGGGCCGUUUGGAAACCGCCUGGUGCUAUCAAACACUUGCAAGUACAAACUGUGCACAUCGAGCUGGAGCAGCACUCGCCAGGAAGCAACAGUAACAGUCUCAGUCGUGGCAAGGAUGACCACGAUACAGGAUGGCACCAAAACCUUGUUGCUCUCCUUCCCAAGUCUGGUCGUCACAGAAGCUAACCCGUAUCUACAAAUAUACCAGGGUCUUAAGAUCAACUCGGUACAGGAUUUUUCACCUGUAUAGAGUUGGUGACUAUACUGCUUACGAAAACAUCCAAAGGGACUUUGAGGUUCAGAUUCGGACGUGGCCUUGCUUCAGAGAGCGUACUGACAGGGCGGUAACCUGUAUCUGUGGAGUUGCGGUUCGUGAGAAGGACGAUCUGAUCAGGAUCAAUGGCUGCGAUCAUGGCUUCUACGGCCAAAGCGUUGGGUCACCAGAAAUCACCGUGCCCAGGCCUUUGAGAGAAGGCACGAGAAUUCUUCAAGCUACGGAUGGAUCGAUGAUAAUAAUAUAUUUUCUGUCCAGUUCAGAGAUUAAAGUUACGGCAUCAUCAAUCUUUGGUGGACAUCUUAAUCUCGAGAUAUCUGUUCCUGGCACGGACUACCUCAAAGGUAAAGGUCUGUGCGGAACGUUUGACAACAACCCCAACAACGAACUGACCCAUCGCGAUGGUUUCGUGGACAUAAUGCCCGCAGACUCAGUGCCGGAGAGUUUUACAGAGUCUUGGAAUGAAUGCGCGUCCACUGGAGGAGGUCAAGAAGAAGACAGGCGCUGAUGUACACUUUGACCCCAACCCGUCACCUGUACCAGGUAUGAAGAUUGUCAUCAUUCGUGGUGUCCCAUCAGAGAUCGAGGCGGUCGUCAGGCUCAUCAGGCAGAUGACUGGUAGUCAGGCAACACUCGCAGAAGAAGUUCAGACAUUCUGGCUCCAGUGGGUUGAGGCCGCGUACCCUGACCUCGAGUCUCGCGCCUACUUCCUGCCUCCUGUCUACUUCAACCGCGUGCCGAUGACCACAGAGACAGUUGCUGGUCAGGAUGUACAGGUACUACCAUCACAACAGACAGUUGCUGGUCAGGAUUUUCAGGUAAAAUUGCCAGCACUAGAAGACACAGUAAGGUUGAAUUUUCUUAAAGAAAAGCUUCGACGUGAAAGGACUGCUGCGGCUUUCACUUCUCCAUCUGCUGCUGUUCAGGACAGUGACUUGAGAUAUGAUGCGGCCAUGAGGCGAGUUCUCUUCUGUCUUCAGAACUGGUCAGAAGAGACAGGAGAAGUGUUAGUUGGAAUCACACGACUCCGCUUCGGACAAUAUCUGACUGAACCUGGUUUUACUAUGGCGGCUUCCCAGUUACCCCGAGCCUCCAGCCUGCCUCCUGACUUGCCACAGAACUGGAAACAAGGAAACUUCGAUGUGCUUCUUAUUCACCGACAUUACGGUCUUGUCGUCUGCAAUGUGAUGUCGUUCGGUGACAUGACAAACGACCUUAAAAUGUCACAGGAGGAUAUUGUCAAGAUCAGAAAGAAGCUGAGAGACGCCGUGUCACAGCUGGACAAGGCGGAGGCCAUGUUGUCUCACCUGGUGUCCGACAUCGCUCCCGG